AUGACUCCAGAAAAGCGUCGUAAGGUGCUCAGCGAUAUAGGCAAUUUUGAACUGCCGCCUCCUCGCCGAAAGUCUCUAGGUUUCGACAUUGCAAGCGUAGGGCUUGAAGAAAUGCACUCAAACUCCUCAGACUCAAACAUUCCGGAUCCCCCGCCUUCAAGACUGCUGUCGAUCAACUCUCUAGCAGGCAUGCACCUGAAGUCCUCGAACAUCCCCGUAAUCAACAAGCAAAAGAGUUACCGAUCGCUAGUUGCCGUCAAGGAGAACCUAGAUGCAAAGUCAAAGCUACCUUCGAACUUGCAGCUGUGGAAGAAUAUGCCCAGGGAAAUAUUCAAGCCGGAGGUGGAUGUGGAGUCUUUGCAAAAUGAUAAGCUAAUGCUCGACAGAGAGCUUAAAUCGGCUCAGGCAUUGCUAGAACAACUAGAUACAGAAUAUGACGAGAAAAGAAGGCUAUAUCGGAUUCUAGAGAAUCAGAGUUCGGAUUUACGAUUCAGGCUCCGGCACUUGGAGGCUAAGUUUGAGCUGAAGGGGAAUUCCAUCACGCAAAAAAUUCUGCACGAGGAACUGAUAGCAGAAUUAGAGCUCAAGGAGUUGGAGAACAAGCUCGACGAUGAGUUCAGCCAGCAGCAGUUUCAGUUGCGCAACGAAGUAAUGGAUUCCGGCAACUUUGAAGACACCCAGGCGCUUCUGGAGCUUGAGCGCUUGAAGAAUGAGAAAAUAGAAUUGGAAAAGCAGAUGGAGGAAGUCGUAUUGGAGAGGGAUGAGGCCAUCAGAAGGGAAAUCGAGACAAACAAGUUUGAAGUAAGCAAACUUAACGAAAAGAAGGAGGAGUUAACGAGGGAUAUCAAACGCAAUAACGAAAGUUUGGAGUCGAAAUUGCAGCGAUUGCAAACAAAGUUGCAAGGAGUAUUGCUGGAAAAGCAGAAGGAGGAGGCUCAGUUGACAGCACUUCAGACCAAAAUCAACGACUUUAAAGCAUCGACCGAUGAUACAGGGGUCGUUACUGAGAAACUCGAGGCCGAUCUUCGUCAAAAGCAGGCUGAGAUAGAUAAUCUCAAGAACGAAGCAAAUCUCUAUCAUCAGCAGCUUGAAAGUCAACGACAGAAGUAUGAAGAGGCGAAACGAAAAUUCGAAAACUACCUCUCUGUGCAUAGAGUCCUCGAGGAUGCUAUCAUGUGCUUCAGCACCAGCCCUCGAACCUUCGUCAAGUUAACGACUAAUUCGAACGUUACCAUUCAGGAUGAGAAUAUAUUACAUUUUGAGGGCCGAUCUUAUCAAUUUAGUAAAAUUCUUCUCCAAAAUGAGGAUCAAGUUUGCCUUCGAUGGGAACCAUUUGUACAAAGAACACUUAGCCAUGAUAAUGCGUCCAUUAUAUUUGCUGGUUCGGAGAAACAGGAUAUGUGCUCUCGGUUGCUAGAGGUAUUCAGGUUUUUGUCAGCUGGCAUGCAAAAACGAAAUGGCAAAGGCUGGUCGUACAAAUUCUACUUGCAAGGAGUUUGCAUAUCUGAGCUGAUAGAGACAGAUCUUUUCAAAUCAUCAAUUAAAAGUAUGUUACACUUUGAAAAUGAGAAAUUGGUGGAUGUGGCGGGCCAAAGGAUGCACAUCACCAACCCAUCGGAUAUAGAACAUGUGCUGGACAAUUUCCAGCUGCAGCCAGGUGCUUUGACGUGUUUCUUUUUUCUUAUACAAGCAGUCAAUGAAAAGGCCAAUAAGUCACUGACAAAUCAACUCGUCCUCGUGGACCUCACCAAUAUGUCGCUUGAGUUGCAAACCCAGACAAUCUCCCUUCAAUCAAUCGUGCCCGCACAAAAUAAGCUUUUGAGCCACCUCAAGAAGCACACAAGAAAUUUGUUUUUUUGUGAAGUUGGAGAGAUGUGCAAAGACACAUUAAAUCUCCUUGGUAAGCUUUCCGCUUUGUAG